GGCGCGGGGCCGAGAGACUCAGGUCCAGCUGCGCCUGCCGGGCGUGUGGGCACGAAGCAGGGAUCGUCUUUUCCUUUCAGAGAGAGAGCUGGAGCGGGCAAAGUGGGGUUUGAAGGAAGGGAUCCCUGGAAGUGUUCGGAAUUGGUGAGAGGCUGGUAGCAGGCGUUAGCGCGAGGAACCGGAAGAAUCAGGGAGGAAAAGGGACGUCUGGGUAAGCAGCUGAAGGUGUUAAGUGAGGAAAAGAAGGUUGGUGUAAGUGAAAGAGUGAGGCGCGGCUGGAUCGCAGGGUCCGGAGAAGAGGGUGUGUGUAAGUGCGCAGAGGGUGGAGGUAAAACCCUAAAAGUUACUGGGGCCCGGGGCGGAGCAGUGCCAGGCCUGACUGGAAGGCAGAGGAGCGGAGCUCUAACCCGAGAGUGUUGGGGAAUUGGAAGACGGUGGCGAACGAGAAUCAGGACCCGGAUCUUGUCCCGGAGAGGGGUUGACGCGUCCGGCAUGUGGGAUAAGAGGCUGGUUAGACUGGCGUUGUUGCAGCACCUUCGGGCUGUCUAUGGCAUUAAGGUCAAGGGUGGCCGUGGGCAGUGCGAUCGCAGGAAACGUGAAGCAGCAGCUACGGAAAUAGGGGGUAAAAUAUUUGGAGUACCUUUUAAUGCAUUGCCCAAUUCUGUAGUGCCAGAAUAUGGACACAUUCCAAGCUUUCUUGUGGAUGCUUGCACAGCUUUAGAAGAGCAUAUUCAUACCGAGGGGCUUUUUAGGAAAUCAGGAUCUGUUAUUCGCUUAAGGGCACUAAAGAAUAAACUGGAUAAUGGUGAAGGUGGCCUGUCUUCUGCCCUUCCUUGUGACAUUGCAGGGCUUCUGAAGCAGUUCUUCAGGGAACUGCCAGAGCCCAUUCUCUCAGCUGAUCUGCAUGAAGCACUUUUCAAAGCUCAACAGUUAGGAUCUGAGGAGAAGAACACAGCAACAUUGUUACUUUCCUGCCUUAUGGCUGAUCAUACAGUUGAUAUAUUAAGAUAUUUCUUUAACUUUCUCAGGAAUGUUUCUCUUAGGUCCAGUAAGAAUAAGAUGGAUAGCAGCAAUCUUGCAGUAAUAUUUGCACCAAAUCUUCUUCACACAAGUGAAGGACAGGAAAAGAUGUCUACUAACACAGAAAGAAAGCUACGAAUACAGGCUGCAGUAAUACAGACUCUUAUAGAUUGUGCCUCAGAUAUUGGACGUGUACCAGAUUUUAUCCUGGAAAAGAUACCGGCUAUGUUGGGUGUUGAUGGUCUCUGUGCUACUCCAUCAUUGGAAGGCUUCGAAGAAGGUGAACAUGAAACCCCCAGUGAAUGUAAGAGAAAGCGAAGACAAAGUGUUGGAGAUUUUGUUAAUGGAGCACUAAAUAAACUUAAAUCUAACAGAACACCCUCUAUUACACCUCAACACGAUGGAACUGCCCAGCUCUCUGUCUCCCCAAUGAUUCUUACACCAAAUGCCAAGCGUAAACUACCAGUGGAUUCUUUUCAUGGUUUCUCAAGUAAGAAAAGGAAGUCCAUCAAGCACAGUUUUAACUUUGAGCUAUUGCCAAGUAAUCUCUUCAGUAGCAGUUUGACACCAGUUUCAGUUCAGUGUGAUACAAGUCCAGAAUGCUCAUCCCAGAGUUCACUCUCUCCUGUCGCCGUCAGUGGAAACCAUUUGAUCAAUGAAGGUGUGCUAAGGCGGAGUAAAAGAAUUGCUGGCAAAAAAGUUUGCAGGGCAGAAUCCGGAAAAGCAGGCUGCUUCUCUCCUAAAAUCAGUCGUAAAGAAAAAGUUCGAAGAUCUCUUCGCUUGAAAUUUAGUCUGGGGAAAAAUAGAGACACGAAUGGAUGUUCUGGUGUAAAUAGAUAUGAAACUGUUGGUCGGAGACUUGCAAGUCAAGCAGGUUUAAAAAACAGGAUUGAAUCCGUAAAAACAGGAUUGCAUUUUAGCCCAGAUAUUGCUGAAAGAUUACCAAAGAAAGGUUCAGUGAAGAUCAGGAAGUCUGAGGAAAACUUAGUAACUCCAGAGCGACUAUAUGGAAGAAGUUACCAGAUGUCUUGGACACGACUAAGCAAUUCAAGUUUUCAAGAAAUGGAUGCAAAUGAAGCUUCUCCAAGAAUGGGAAAUGCUGAGGUGCAAAACUUUUCUUUGGAACCUGAAAUUACAAUUGAGAAGUCACCUGGUGAAUCCUGUGAACUCACCCCUUCUGUUUCACACAGUGAAACCAAUAGCGAUGUAACAGAAAGCUCCCUCAGCGGGGAUGAACAUAACCUGACUUCAGAGACUUUGGAGAAGAUUCAGAAAGCUUUUUCUGAGUCUGGGAAUAAUCUUCAUGCAUUGUUAAGUCACAGGCAACCAAUAAUGAGUGUGGAAAAAGAAAAAAUAAGUGAAACAUCUUAUGGAGAAUGUAAGUCAGAGGAAAAUCUACUUGAUACUAAUGAUUUGACUGUGACAGAGUCAGAGGAAAAUUAUGAAAACUAUGCCAUUAAAGAUGAAAGUUGUUUUUCAGAAAGAGCCUUCUCAUCACAUCAAACUCAAAAGUUUGGUGGAGAAACAACUGUAAAAUGUUCCUCUACUCAGAUGAAGGUAGAACAUCACAAAGACAUUCAUUCAGAUAUACGAGGAGAUAAUUUAGUACAGCAAGAAUUCCCUGUUGGUGAACAGAUUAAGGAAGAGCAGUCCCCAAAAGAUAAACAAAAUAGUCAGUCAAAGGAGAAUGAGAAUAGGUUUGAAGAGAACUCAGUGAAGUGUGCGGCUCCUGGGGAGGACGAGGCUAAACUCUCUUCCUCUCAGCAGAGCACAUGUGAUAUAACAAACCUGUCAAAACCCAGGCCUGUGAGAAUUGCUAAGCAGCAGUCACUGGUGGAAACACACAAUAAAACGGUUUCUGAAAGUGUACACACAACAGAGCACGGGAAGGUUUCAGAUCACAUACAGUGGUUUAAUCAGCUUUCAUUAAAUGAAUCACAUAGAACGAAAACAAAGUCCCCUCUGAAAUUUCAGCGUACCCCUGUCCGUCAGUCUGUUAGAAGAAUUAAUUCUUUGUUGGAGUAUAGCAGACAACCUGCAAGGCAGAAGUUGAUGUAUCGUGGUGAUGCUGCUUCUCCUCUUGUUAAAUCAGUGAGCUGCGACAGUGCUCUUCCCUCUUGUGCAGGAAGUACAUCAAGAGAAUCCUCUGUUUUAGGUGCCAAAUUAGGUCCUCAAGAACAGACAUCUGUAACAAUGAAGAGACACCCAGGUUCUUUUGGGUCUACUAAAGUUUGUAAGCAGGAGGUGAUACCUGAUGGUCAAGUUAAGGUUCCCUUGGUGGACCUGACCAAUCAUGAUAUAUUAAGGUCUGUUGUGAAUAAUGAUAUGAGCUUUUCUCCUGGGAUGAUGAGCAGGGUCCUUAGGAAGCCAUCAGAAAGAGAAAGGGCUUGGUACAAAGGUUCUCCAAAAAAUCCUAUUGCAAAGGCUCAACUACUACCAACAAGUAAACCCGUAGAUCUGUAAUUGGCAAAUGUUGUACUUAUCACGAAUGUAAAUAAAAUUAGUAAUUGAUGCAAUUUGCAGAUCAUGUAUGUGUUAGCUUGUGGCGCAGGAUGAUUACUAGGCAGUGGGUUUUCUCUGAAACAUUUUCAUUUCACUGCACGUUAUUACUUUAUUUUUCUUAAUUAUGGCAGUAUUUAAAAUUUUUUAUAAUCUCUUAAAGCAGAGGUUACACUUUAACUUUUUAGAGAAGUUGUUGGCUGGAUUUAUAAAAAGAUUUUUUUUUUACUUGCAUGGUUUUUAUUUUGUAUAUAUGAGGAAAAGUGAAGCCAGUUUUAUCUAUUGUCAUUUCUGCAAGUCAUGAAGGUUUCUUAGAAAACCUCGUGUGUAAAGGGAAAGAGGCCCUGCAGAUCUUGUCUUGAUUAUAUUAAUGUUCACUGUUUUUACCAAACUCCUUAGAAACUAAGUUGCUGUAAUAGUCUCCUAGUACUUUAUUCUUAUUUGAGGCAGAACAGUUCGGUAGGCAUCUCCUGUAUGCGUACAGUGUGUUCACUUGAGCUAAACAUAGCUAAAGCAGAAUGAUCAUGGAAAUGUGCUCCUGACUUAAUGAUGUAGAAGUAAGUGAUUACUUUUAAGCCAUGCUGUGUUCUUAAAGGUGAUUUGCACAAAUACAUGUGUUUGUGUUUUGUCCAGUAUAGAAGUUAAAUUAUUUAAG